CGGUGUUGAGGUGCGGCGUGGAUUUUUGAAUUAAAAUCCGUGUUUUAUCCUAUUUUUUACCAUAAUUUAUUCGUGUUUUUAUUCGUUAAACUAUUUAUUUUGAUGAAAUUUGUCUGACGGCUUUUAAUAUUGUCAUCGCCAUGGCUAAAACCUCCCCAAAGACUCGGCCUCCAUCCAAAUCACCAGUUAAUGGUAAUCUGGCAAAAUCUCCCAAAAUAAAAACUCAGAAGACUCAGCUUCCCUCACCAUCAAUCAGGGGAAGAGGAAGACCAAAGAAAUCAGAUUUUCAAUCAGAGUUAGAGACCCCAAAAUCUUUUCAAGAUGUCAAGAUAGAGGAAAGAAAAAGCAAAGGAAGCAGUCUGAAAAAAUUCAAGGAGAAAUUGUUAGGCAGUGGGGACAGUAUUGAUAAUAAGAAUAAAGUGAAAAAAAUGAGGAAAAGUUUAUCAAAGGCCCUGAACAACUCAAUAAUGAGUGACGAAGAUGUUGGUUCAUCUGCUGUCCCAAUUAAAAGAAAGGCCAGGCAGUCCUUGCUUCUUGGUGUUAAUCUCUCGUCAAAAGAAUUCAUCAACUCGAAAACAUUGAAAGACUCUAAAUCAAGUUUAAGAGUGUUGUUGGGUAAAGUUCAAAGAAAGAAGAAGCAAUCAAACUCUGAAACUGAUGUCAGCAGUUAUGGAAAGCCGCCAAAGAGACCCAAGCUCGACAUUCCCAAUUGGGCUUUCCCAAAAACUUCACCUAAAGCAGAAUUGAGCAAGAACGUCGGUGGAUGUGGCGUGAAGACAGCACCAAAGACUGUAAAAUCAUCCAAAAAACCACCAGCAGUUCCUAUAACAACAUCCAAGCAACAAAAACCGCCAACAACACUUCUGCGGUCAUCAUCAACAACAUCGAGUGCCUGGACCCGCCCACUCAACGAGGAAAGACUGGGCGACAGUUAUUUGGAGGGUAGCAAGAUCUUUGACUACCUCAUCCAGCCAGUGACCUCUGUGAAGUUCUUCAGGGAUAUCUGGGAAAAGAAACCCCUGCUAGUUCGAAGGCACAACCCUGAUUAUAACAAGGCCCUCUUCAGCACUUCGGAAUUUGAUAAGAUCCUCAGAGAGAACUCCUUAAACUUCACGGAGAACAUUGACAUUGUGACCUACCUGAAUGAACAAAGGGAAACACACAACCCAGAUGGCCGAGCCCAUGCUCCUGUUGUUUGGGAUUUCUAUCAGCAAGGUUGUUCAGUAAGAUUGUUGAAUCCUCAAACAUACAGCAAGCCAAUCUGGUUUGUGCUCAGUCUUCUCCAGGAAUUUUUUUGCUGCAUGGCUGGUGCUAACGUAUAUUUGACCCCGCCCGGUACGCAGGGGUUCGCCCCACAUUGGGAUGACAUUGAGGCCUUCAUACUCCAAGUGGAGGGAAAAAAACAUUGGCAGGUUUAUGAACCGAGGAAUGAAUCAGAAGUUCUACCGAGGUUUUCAAGUCCGAAUUUCAAGUCAGCUGAUUUGUCAGAGCCAGUGCUUGAUGUAAUGCUAGAAGCCGGUGAUUUGUUGUACUUCCCAAGAGGUUUCAUUCAUCAGGGAAAAACUCCAGACGACAGUCACUCACUGCAUAUCACAUUUUCUGUGGGACAGAGGAAUACAUGGGGAGAUUUGAUACAAAAAAUGCUACCGAGAGCAGUUGAGAUAGCAAUGGAGGAGGAUGUGGAUUUCAGGACGUCAUUGCCUACUAACUAUCUCAACUAUAUGGGCAUGGCCUUUUCAGAUUAUGAAACAGAGAGCAGGAAAAGGUUCACGGACAAGUUGAAAACUUUGAUUGAUCGGUUGUGGAGCUACUGCCCUAUCGACCCGGCCGUCGAUCAGCUGGGCGUGGCCUAUCUCAAGUCAUCUUUACCUCCAUGUCUUACUGAAUAUGAGAAAGAGUGCAGUGUUUUUGGAAAUGGUGAGAGAUGGAGCGAAAGCAAGGGUACUGUGAUGAAAGCCUGCGAGAUAGAACCUGACACUGAGAUAAGGAUAAUUAGGAGAGGAUCUGUUAGACUUGUAUCAGAAGAGACAGUCAGUGUGUACCACAAUUUAGAGAACGCUCGUGUCUACGAAGGGUCGGAGUCCAAAUGUAUUGAGGUCGAACACGAGGAAGCUGAAGUAAUUGAGUUCCUCUUGAAUAAAUACCCGGAGUUUGUGCUGGUCGAGGAGUUGCCUAUACAGGAUCUGGAAAAACAAAUGGCACUGGCUCAACUCCUCUACAACAGAGGUCUCAUUGCCACAAAAUCACCAAUCACAUCACUCGAUGGUGACGACGACGAUGAUGAUGGAGAGGAUGGUGAUGAUGACAGCGACGACGCUUGUUGUGAUUGCAACCAUGUAAACGAUGAUGAUGAAGAUGAUGAUGGUGCGGUCUAAGAAUUGAUUGAUUUCUGACGCGAAACCUGUAAUUAAUAAUUCAUACAACUUCUUUAUCAGUUCUACUUUCUUGUGUUUCAUUUAUUUAUUCGAUGGAUUUGGUUGUUUUAAAUUUUUAACAUUCGUUUUUGUUAAGUUUUAUUGAAUUUUCAUUCAUCUAGGAGCUAGGUUACUUGCACCGCUGAUGGUGAAUUGCUCGUUUGGAUUAUGUGCUACUGCUUGUUUCUCUUAAAAUUUGAUUAAAUGAUUAGAUUUGUUUGAAUUAUUGAUUGAUCGAUCGGUUGGUUGGUUGGUUGGUUAGUUGGUUAGUUGAUUAAUUAAUAUGCAAUGUUUGAUCAUUUCAAUAGUUUAACUUGUGAAUUCGGGUAUUUAUUAAUAAAAGGAAAUUA